GCUAAUGAGAACAGACUGUGUGGUUUUAGUCAGCUGGUUCUCAGGUCUUUUGGGAUACCCCAGCUAAGGGGGUUUGGGAAAUGUAAUCUUUGGUGUCAGUUGGACAGGUAGGUAGUUAAGGGACCUACCUUCACUGUAAGAACGGAACUGCCCAGUGACUGGGUUCCAGCCAGGAUUCUCCUGGACUGCACUUGCAUAGGCACUGCUCAAAUUAGCCUGUCAAACUGCUGAUUUGGUCCUUUGUGAUCAACAGGUGAAACCCCAUUGAGUGAUAAUCACAGGAAGAUAUAUAUAAGUGUGCAUCAGACCUGGGUUCCAGUGUUGCCUGUGAACACUGGAGCCAUAUUGCCCCUAUGACUUUUGAGGAUAAUACUUUACCACUUUCUCUAAAUGGUCAUUUACAAUCAUGACCUUUUGAGUUUAUUUUGCAUUUGAUUUGAAUGAUGAUCAGUUUUUCUGUUUGAGUUACCAGGAGAGGAGGUAUGUGUUCUGCACCCAUGAUUGCUCCCUGUAAAUACAGCCUCGACUUUGAUUUUCAUAUCUGGUCCCCACCACCACCAAACUUACUAGCCGCAUCUGUCUGCUAGGCUCUCAGAUCUGAACUGGGCUCACUAGGCUCCAGCCACUCUGGCUGCCUUGUAUUUCCCCAGAAAGGGUCUUCCCUUUCGAGGUUGCCAAAACUGUUUCCCCUGCCUAGAAUGCUAAAAUGUUACCUCUUCAGGGAGGACAUCUUUGCCCUAAUGUGUACUUCUUUCCUGGUUUCAGCUCAUUGCUUAUUCACUGCCCUCAUACCUGUAGCUAUUUUGUUACUUGCUGUUACCCACACUGGGCUAUAAGCCUCUUGGGGUCGGGGUUCACUUGUCAAUCCCCAGCCCAGUACUUAGCACGUGGGUGGCCCUCUAUAAAUAUGGUGGGGGGCAUUCCACGCAGGAACCGCUGGAUAAGGAACCAAGAUUCCAGCCCAACGUUCUGUUCUACCCUCAGUGCCUUGCCCAUCAAAGGGUUGGGGAUAAAUGAGGCCCAGAGCCUGGCUCACAGUGGAAAACCCCAGCUUCUCUGACCCGGGGUGGCUCCGGAACCCUCGGGUCUGAUUGUGCCCGGGGGAAUGGUUUCUAUGGUGACAGCAAACAGAGGGCGGGGCCUGAGUGGGUCUCUGAGAGGCAGCGCGGGGAGGGAGGCGGGCUCCAGCGCUGGAAGGGCGCGCGCAGCGAGGGGCGCAUGCAGGGCCCUGGCGGGGCACUUCUGAGCACCAGGGAACUGGGCCCCGUGAGCCAGGGCUCGGCCACCUGGUUCAGCCAGGAUCAAGGCCCAGCGUGCAGUUGGCGGCAGAAGCCGCAGCCACCAGAUCCACACACCAGUUCCCCCGCCUCUUGGCCCUGGGUUCCCUACCCACAAUACCGGCUGCCUGGGAGGCUGCCAUGGCCGGGGCCCGCCUCCACCCAGCCCGAGGCGAGUGGCGCUGGCCGUCAGCGCCUAGCCAGCAGUGCUGGCUUCAUGCCCUGCCUAGGCCGCUCCUCCGAGACUUCUGCCUGCGGCACUCGCGCCCAGGGCGGUGCGGAUCCCCACCUAUUCAGCCCCCGGCCUGCCCAGGUCCUGGAUGAUCCCCCCACGCAAGACGGAUCCCUUGUCCUCUGGCGAGGAUUCUCCAAGACACCUCACCACAUGGGCCGGCUCAGAAACGCCAAAAUCCACGUGGAGAGAGCUGUCAAGCAGAAGAAGAUCUUUAUGAUCCAAGGCCGCUACCCAGUGAUCCGGUAUCUCUUACGCCGGAGAGGCUGGGUAGAGAAGAAGAUGAUCCAUCCCCCGGGCACCGCCCUAAUGCCAUCCCAGAAGGAUCUGGACAGCUCAAUGCUAGGUGAUAGUGACACCACUGAGGAAGGGACAUGGCUCUCAUCAGGUCUGGGCUCUGCAUACAUUGAAGAUGAAGAAGAGCAUUAUCAACAAACACAGCUGUUUGACUUAAAUGGCCUUCUGGAAUUUGAUGACCUAGAUGGGACACAUGCUUUGAUGUCCCGCAUGGUUCGGAAUGAGACACCUUACCUUAUCUGGACCACCCGGCGAGAUGUGAUGGACUGUCGCUUCCUCUCUAAGGAUCAGAUGAUAAACCACUAUGCUCGAGCUGGCUCCUUUACUACAAAGGUGGGUCUGUGUCUCAAUCUCCGGAACUUGCCCUGGUUUGAUGAGGCUGACGCUGACUCCUUCUUCCCACGUUGCUACCGCCUGGGUGCUGAAGAUGACAAAAAAGCCUUCAUAGAGGACUUCUGGCUGACAGCUGCCCGCAACGUUCUCAAGCUGGUGGUGAAGUCGGAAUGGAAGUCAUACUCUGUUACAGAAAAGGAAGAAGCCGCAAGAGAGAAGAACCUCAAGAAUCAGGAAAAAAAGCUCAUGACAGUGUCCCCAGAGUUUGUGGAUGAGGCCUUGUGUGCGUGUGAGGAGCACCUUAGCAACCUGGCUCACAUGGACAUCGACAAGGACUUGGAGGCUCCACUGUACCUCAGCCCUGCGGGCUGGACCCUCUUCCUCCAGCGCUACUAUCAAGUGGUCCAUGAGGGGGCAGAACUCAAGCAUCUGGAUGCACAGGUCCAGCGCUGUGAGGAUCUCCUGCAGCAGCUGCGGGCUGUGAUGCCUCAGAUUGAUAUGGAAGGGGACCGCAACAUCUGGAUUGUGAAGCCAGGAGCCAAGUCUCGUGGACGAGGCAUCAUGUGCAUGGACCACCUGGAGGAGAUGCUGAAGCUAGUGGACUGCAACCCCAUGAUGAUGAAGGAUGGCAAAUGGGUGGUACAGAAGUAUAUUGAGCGCCCCCUGCUCAUCUUUGGCACCAAGUUCGACCUGAGACAGUGGUUCCUGGUGACCGACUGGAACCCACUUACUGUGUGGUUUUACCGCGAUAGCUACAUUCGCUUUUCCACACAGCCCUUCUCCCUAAAGAACCUGGACAACUCUGUGCACCUCUGCAACAACUCUAUCCAGAAGCAUCUGGAGAACUCCUGCCAUCGCCAUCCCAUGCUACCCCCAGACAACAUGUGGUCCAGCCAGAAGUUCCAGGCCCACCUGCAGGAGAUAGGGGCACCAAAUGCUUGGUCCACUGUCAUCGUGCCUGGCAUGAAGGCUGCUGUGAUCCAUGCGCUUCAGACCUCCCAAGACACAGUACAGUGUCGGAAGGCCAGCUUCGAGCUCUAUGGUGCUGAUUUUGUAUUUGGUGAGGAUUUCCAGCCCUGGUUGAUUGAGAUCAAUGCCAGCCCCACCAUGGCACCCUCCACAGCUGUCACCGCCCGGCUCUGUGCCGGUGUACAAGCAGACACCUUGCGUGUGGUCAUUGACCGGCGGCUGGAUCGUAACUGUGACACAGGAGCCUUUGAACUCAUCUAUAAGCAGCCUGCAGUGGAGGUGCCCCAGUAUGUGGGUAUCCGGCUCCUGGUGGAGGGUUCCACCAUCAAGAAGCCCACGGCACUGUGUCAUCGGCGGAUGGGGGUCCGCCCAUCACUCCCUCAUCUGCUAACCCAGCAAGGCUCUGGGGAAGGCAAGGAGCUAGGGACCCCUACCCACAGGUCAGCUUCCAGGAAAGUUGCUGGGUCCAGGAGCCAGGGGCACAUUGAGAAGCCAGACUCCACUGCUACCACCUCCGUCCCCGGGAAGGGGAAGAAAGCCGAGGUAGCAGAAAGUUUAAGGAAGUUGCCUGAGGUUGCACAGCCCAGAAGGGGCAAAGCUGGGAUGCAGACCCAGGUCUGUUGGACUCCAAACCCUGGAUUCUUCCCACUGCCUCUGGAGGAGGAACCGGGAGGGCUCCACUGCCCUCACCCUGCCCCCGUCUUCCCUACCCUGUGCACAUACCCUGUUGGGCAGCAGGGCAGCUGGUCAGCCUCUCUAGGCCCUCACAGCUUCCCUUGCUCCCACAGCCCCUUACCACUUCCCCAGCCUCCACGCCAAGGCACGGCUUCCUUCUUCCUGUGUGCUCCAACCCCAGGGGCGCAUCCUCAGAGUGCAGCCCUGCAAACUGGUGGGCACUAAGGCCCUGUCGCCCACAGGCAAGGCCCUGAUGACUAUACCAACGGCCAAGGUUAUGAUUUCCCUUCCACCAGACUCUGACCUCAAGAUGGCACCCAGCAUCCCAAAACCAAGAAAGGUGGGCCUGGAUCAAUGACUCAUACCCUGGUGGACAGUGCUGAGCACUGGGGUCAGGGCUGGAGGGCACAGGCAGAGAGCAGCUCCCAGGCUGCCCAGAGGGUGUGGGUUUGUCCCUUUCUCAGCAAGGGACCAAUAUCAGAUAAAAGGGAAGGACUUGUCCCCCUCAAAACCCCUUCCUAUACAGAUUCCUGAUCAUCUCUCCCUUUCUCCCCCCCUUUCACACCGAGGCUGUUGCUCCCAAGCGCCUUCGAGGUCCCCAACCUGCCCGUGUCUUGUGGCCUCAGACCUUUGAAGUCGGAACUCUUCCCAGCACUCACAGGAAGGUCAAGGGCAAAGGCAAGUUGAAGGCCAGACUCUGCGACAAACCCAAG